CCAACGGCUGGUGAUGCAACCAAUAACAGCCAAUCACCACCACUAUAUCUGUCUUUCCCUCUACUACAAAAUCACACUUCAUAAAACUUGGAGGAUCUGGUAUUCAGACACACCACAAAAUUUCCUGCUUAAAUUUUCAGGUAUGUCAAAUUUCAGUUCUUCAUUUCAAAUUUAAUUUCUUUUCAAACAAUUUCAUAUUAAUAAUAAAUAUAUUAAAAAAAAAAAAACCGAAAAGUUUGGUAAAGAGGGAUAUCAUGGAUAGAAGCAAGUUGGGUGAGAGGAAAUCCGGUACAGUUAAAGCAGCUAUAAGUUCAUUCGGACAGAAGAUUCUUGAAGACAACAACAACAACAACAACCCCACAAUCAAGAACAGAUUCCAGACAAAUUACAAUCCCGAGAAGCCUUACACGAAGACAAGAGAGCUUCAUCAGGUAAAGAGAGAUACCGGCCACUUGAACGAGAGCAUCAAACUUGCAGAAUUAUCGACAGCCGAGGCGAAAUCCGAGCUAUCGUCUGCGAAGAAGACGGUGAAAGAUCUAACUCUGAGAAUCGAAGAAUCAAAUUCACGAGCGAAAGCACAGGGUAAAAAGAGAAUGGAGGAAGAAGAAGAAUGGGUCGAUGGAAAUUCUCACUGCGCGAAAGUGCUGAAAGAAUUGGAGUCGAUAAAACGAGAACUCAGCAAGCUUAAGCUGGAUAUGGCUUCUGUUUUGGAAGAAAAGAAACGGGCGGAGAAAGAUAUAGACUCCUCUUUGUCGAAAACAGAGUUGGAUUUGAAUUCAGUCGAAGCGCUCGAUAAGGAGCUCGAAGAAAUCAACGAAGAGCAUGUGCUGGUUGAGUUGGCACGAAUCGAGGCCAUUAAAGAGUAUGAAGAAAUUGAAGCUGAGAGAAGAGAAAAGGCGAAGAUACACUCUGCUGCAGUAGAGGAAGCUAUGAAGAAAAAAGAGAGCAUUGUUCAAGAAAUCGAGUACGUGAAAGAGCUGGAGACAAAACUCGCUAUUACAACGUCGGAUGUUGAUAUGUUAGAGAGUGAACUGAAGCAAGUCAAGGAAAUGGUCAAGGGAGUGGAAAGAAACGAAAUUGUGAAAUACACGGGCGAGUCUUUGUCAGAUCCCGUAACGGAAGAGUUGGAGGCGAAAAGGAAGGAAUUGGCUUCGAUUAAAGAAGAAAGCUUCCAGUUUAUGGCGUCGAUGGAUGUUGUGAGGAACGAGCUCAGGCACGUAGCCCAUCAAACAGCUAAACUAAGGAAGAGAGAAGUGAAAACAGAAACGAACAUUCAGAAUCUCAACUCGAAGCUCAUGAGAGCAAAAUCAAAACUCGAAGCAACAUCCGAAGCAGAGGAGAAAUCGAAAUCAAUUUUCUCAAAUCUAAAGCUCACACUGGAGCAGCUGAAAUCAGAAGCCGAAUCAGCCAAGAAAGAACGGUCCAUCAUCAGCGAAGAAACUGCAGUCAUCAAAGCAGACAUACAGAGAAUAGAAACCGAAACAGACUUGGCCGACGAACAAUUACAACUCGCCCUGCAAGAUCUGAAAGCGGUCAAAUCAUCAGAAGCAACAGCGCUGGAGAAUCUUAAAUCGGUUAUAGAAAAGACGGUGAGAAACAGAGCUUCGGCUUCUAGGCCUAGCCCGACAAUAACUAUUUCCAAAUUCGAGUACGAGUACCUGAGAGGGCAUGCGGGUGGGGCCCAGGAAAUCGCGGACAAGAAAGUCGCAGCGGCUCGGGCUUGGGUCGAAGCUUUAAAGGCGAGCGAGAGAGAGAUACAGAUGAAAUCCGAGCUCCUGCGACGAGAAAGUAGAGAGAUGAGAGUUGAGGUUGUUCAGCAAAAUGAGAAGAAAAUAGACGAGGGUGACGGCUUUGAGAACUGGAGGCUAAAAACGGAACCUGAAAAAACGAACAUGGAGAAUGCACUUACUAGCAAAGCCGUGAGUAGAAGCGUUAAGAAAACGGCACCAUCAAGAAGAGGGAAUGGUCGAAGAUCCACUGCAUCUCCAGUUGGUGUCGGUACUCCUAAAUCGGCUUCUUUCACUGUGAGGAGGAGAAAGAAGGUGAUGCCCAAUUUGGCAAAGUUCUUCAGUGGGAAGAGCGUCGAGGAGAAUGUAUAAAACCUGUGUGCAAAAUCAUUUCUUGUUCAGUGAGAAUGUCAAUUUUUUCGUUGAUUGUAAAUUGUUUUUUCAUUUUUUCAAUUUGAUUGGAAAAAAAUCGACACUGCGUGUUUGCAAUAUUCAGCAACAAAAAAUAGUGAGUUGCAAAGUAUAAAUAACCAUGUUUUUGUAAGUAUAUGUUGUACCUCGUCCAAUUGCAAGAUCUUCAUACUUUGCUGGUAAA